CUCCGCGACCCCCCCCCCCCCACCAACAACUUUCUCCGCAUAUUCAUCCUAUACCCCAGGUUUUGCUUCAAACAAAAGGACGGGUCCUGUUGUUCAAGAAUCCUAGUGGGUCAUUCGGGAAUUGUUGGUGGGAUGGCCAGCCCUUUCACUGGAUCCCCUGUCGAUGUCGACCCAUCGCAUCAGCACAUAUCACCGCCAGAAACCGGCAACAGAAUACAGAAACGCCCAGCUCCCCGUGGAACUGCCGCGUAUCCUCGGAAGCGUGCGAAUAAAGCUUGCCAGGUUUGUCGAGCUCGACGAACGAAAUGCGACAACAAGAGACCCUCUUGCACGUUUUGUGAGAAGGCUGGCACCGAAUGUGUAUGGGCGCCGCAUGAUCUAUCAUCAUUUGACCCUGCUAGCCUGGCCAUUCUCGAGCGAUUUGAUCAUUUGGAAUCAUUAAUCCUCUCAAAUGGCAGUCAAUCUCAACCACAGGCAUUGGCAACUACUCCCACCUCCGAGCUGGAUCAGCAACAUCCUCUCACUGAUCAGCCACUAGGGUGUGUGGCCCUUGAUUCAAUAAACAUACGGAUCGAGGCUAUUCUGGAAUGGAAACCACUGCAAAACAUUAUUAGGAAUUUGACCUUCCCUCACUUAGAAUCUCCAACAGAAUCAAUCUACCAUGGCGCAGUCUCGGGGCUGGAAGAUCUUGAUAUAGUCACGUGCAAUCGAUUAUUAGAUAGUUUUUGGAAAAGAGUUCAUUCUAAAAACCCUAUCCUCGUCCAGGAAGAUGUCAAAAGGUACAUGAGCCAGGCAGUCCUCAAUGGCAUCGCCUGGAAUGCAAAAUCAUGUCUUGUGCUCCUAAUUUGUGCACUUGGCACUCUUUCUACAGACUUCAAAUCUCAAGACACUAAUCACGAUGGUCAUUCUGCUCAAGACGAUCCGGCCAAGGGGAAAGCCCAGGCACAGCACUAUUUCUCUGCGGCCCAAAAGCGCAUAUCAGUAUGCUUAGGCAAACGUGGAAUACUCGAAGCACAAUGCCUCUUUUAUUGUGGUGUAUAUCUAACGACGACGAUGCAACCUGAAGCAGCAUGGUCGAUGUUUCUUCAAGCAAAAACUAGUUGUCAAAGCUUCAAUUGGUCGACUCAGGUCUUACCGAGAGAGGAAGAUUUUGGAUCUGCCUUGAAACGAAAUGACACAUGGGUAGCGGAAGAAUGUACUUAUUGGACUUGUUGGAAAUCAGAAAUCGAAAUGCAUCUAGAGUUGAGCCCUCCAGGAUUUCGUAUCCUAGAUUUGUGGUACCCUGACAAGUUCCCAGAUCCACCCAGGCAUACAAUCACAGACUCUGACCGAUCAUGGUUUUUCUACUUGGCUGAAAUUGCAUUACGAAGACUUGCAAAUCGAAUUCUUGCCUUCAUUGCUUUAGACCACAAUAUGGACAAUCCGCAAGAUAUAGCACGUGCACACGAAAAUGCUGCCGAGUUUGAACAAGAAGCUAAUGACUGGGUGCAGUCCUUGCCAUCUCCUCACGGGCUAGAUAGAUCUAGUGACGAUGUCUUGAACUUCAUCUUAGAAGGGCACCUUGGCAAUUGCUACGAAUUCAUCUACUGGCCAUUCAUUAAACACACGAUCAAUAGCCCAUUUCGUAAUUUGUCGACUGAUGAAUACGUGAGAAAGGGGCUUCAAGUCGCCAUGGACCGACUAAAUCUAAAUAGGCCCGGGUUCAAGCAUCGGCAUCAUGGAACAUACUACCUGAUUCGAUCCUGCACGAGAAGUGCAUUUGUGUUAUUAGCUGCCCACUUCAAGGGCAACUUGGAGGAUUUAAUGCCAAUAGGUUGGUUUGAAACCAUCUGGAGUGUGGUGGACUUACUAGAGUUCUGGCAAGAUGAGCUCCCUGACGCUAGACGAUGGAGAGAUUCAAUGACCCAUCUGAUGCAACAGGCCUAACAUCCAAAAUACUAAAAACGAGUCAUCAAAAGCUCGAGCAAAUACAUGAAUUAUAUUGAUAAGUUACAGCCGGCUAAUCUCUACCCCAUCAUUAGUGCUUUAUCGCAUCCUUCUCCAGAAUAACAUUCAGCUCCCCUCUCUGCACACAAUUCUCAAACUUAAAACUCGCCGCCAACUCCCUCAACUCGUCUUCAGUCUUCCCCCUAAAAUAUUCUGCCAUCUCAAAACACAAGUACUCCGAAAGCAAACACUCCCUCAACACACGGUCAAUAUGCCUCCCCAUAUCCCAAAGUGGGGAGGGGUAUUUCUUAUUCCAGUGUUCUUUUGGAACCACAUCUUCAAAGUGCUGUUUCACAGGUGCAUAGAUAUGCGCCACUUCCUUGUCAUCUCGCCCCCAGAAGUCAACGCCGAGACGGGCUUUCUUUUCCAUAAAUGGGCCGAGAAGUUUGAACCAUGCACUUUCGGGGGAGACAUGCAACAUUCCCUGGUACCCAAUAUCCUUGUACAACCAAAUCGACCAGCUCACACCGCUCUCGGCAUAAAUAGCCAACUGCUCCUCCAAUAGCGCAUAUCUCUUCUCAUUGACUUCCUCGUGACCUUUCUGGGAUUUGAACUCAUACACUGGUCCAAAUUCGCCGUUCCAUAUCGGCACUUUCUGUUUCCUCAUAAACUCG